AUGAAAUAUGAAGCUGAUCGAAUUUUGACUUUAGAUUGUGAUGAUGCUGUUGAAAAACUUCAUAAACUUAAUUUAAGUAAAGUACAAGAACGAGAAAUAAUUCAUGUUACAGUUCAUUGUUGUUUACAUGAAAAAACUUAUAAUCCAUAUUAUACAUUAAUUUUACAACGAUUUUGUGGAUAUGAUCGUCGUUUUCAAAUAUCUUUACAAUAUCAUACAUGGGAUAGAUUUAAAGAUCUUUCAUUACUUAAUAAACAACAAUUAGUAAAUUUUAGUUCUGCACUUUCUCAAUUAUUAAUAUCAAAAUCAUUAACAAUCAAUAUAUUUAAAAAUUUCAAUUUCAUCGAAUUAACAUCAUCAGCACGAACAUUUCUGGUUGAAUUGUUUGUUAAAUUAUUCAAUGAAAUUGAUGAUGUAUCAUUAAAAAAUAUUUUUCAAUUUUCAUCAACACAAAAUUAUAAAUUUGUUAAAGAUGCUCUUAGAUUAUUUCUUUCUCAUUUCAUUUUAAAAAAAUCAAAUCAUUCAGAAUUAGUUCAUCGUCGUUGUCAGAUUGCUUUUGAUCAGUUGUCAAUUGAAUAA